GGAUUCCCUGCCCGGGCUCGGCGCGGUGUCUCCGUGCCUCUCUCCCUUCCCGCCGGUCGAGCCGCUGCGGCCCCGCGAGCACCGGGACGCCUCCUCAUCCUCCUCGUCGCUCUUCCUUCCCCGCAGCCGGCAUGAAAGUCACGUCCCUCGACUGCCGGCAGCUGAGGAAGCUCCUGCGGAAGGAGCCCUCCCGCUGCCUGGUGCUGGACUGCCGGCCCUACCUGUCCUACUCGGCCUCCUGCCUCCGCGGCUCGCUCAACGUUAACCUCAACUCGGUGGUGAUGCGCAGAGCCCGCGGCGGGGCCGUGCCGCUCCACUUCGUGGUCCCCGACGCCGCCGCCCGAGCCCGGCUGCUGCUGGGGGGCGGCGAGGGGGCGGCGGGGAGCGCCCGCCUGGCGGCCGUGGUGGUGCUGGACCAGGGCACGGGGCACUGGCAGAAGCUGAAGAAGGACAGCACGGCUCAGAUCGUCCUCAACGCUCUGCUCUCCAGCCUGCCGGAGGCUGGAGCCAGGGUCUGCUUCCUGAAAGGGGGAUAUGAAACCUUUAACUCGCAAUAUCCUGAGUGCUGUGUGGAUGGAAAACUCAUUUCCCUGGAGAGAACGGAGGCGGAGAGAAACCUCGCCAGCCACUGUGAGAAGCAGAGUGCCAACCACAAACCUGCUUACGACCAGGGUGGUCCAGUUGAAAUCCUGCCUUUUCUCUACCUUGGUAGUGCCUAUCAUGCUUCCAAGUGCGAGUUUCUCGCCAACCUGCACAUCACGGCCCUGCUCAACGUGUCCAGGAAAAGCUCAGAGUCCUUCAAAGAUCAGUAUUGCUACAAGUGGAUCCCCGUGGAGGACAGUCACACGGCGGACAUUAGCUCACACUUCCAGGAAGCCAUUGACUUCAUUGAUUAUGUCAGAAGAACAGGGGGCAAAAUCCUGGUCCACUGCGAAGCAGGGAUUUCACGCUCUCCCACCAUUUGCAUGGCGUAUCUCAUGAAGACAAAGAAGUUCCGCCUGGAGGAAGCCUUUGAUUACAUUAAGCAGCGCCGGAGCCUGAUCUCACCAAACUUUGGUUUCAUGGGCCAGUUGCUACAAUACGAGUCGGAGAUCUUGUCUUCCACUCCCAGUCCCCCUGUCACCUCAUGCAAAAGAGAAGCUGCGUCUUUCUUUGCAGAAGAACUGACAUUAGGCAAAAACUUUGAAGGCUCAUGUUUUGCCUUUCCUACCUCAGUGUUGAGUUCUGUGCCCAUCCACUCUCCUGUCCACCAGCUGAAACUCAGCCCGAUGACAGCAUCUUCAUCCUGCUGAAGACCCUGGACAGAUUGGAGCUGUGUGGUCCUCUGAUUCGAACUGUGAUCCCAACAAGAACAUUUCAUGAAUGUGCAAUAGAAAAACCUCAUCGACUUAGUUUGAGAUGGAGCGGUUGUCGUGGGUCAUACUUCCCAUAUGCUGUGACUGUAGGAUGCAAGUGUUCUAAGUGUGGCAGAUUCUCUGAACUUUUAUUGUCCUUUUUUAAAAACAAAAAAAAAAAGAAAAAGUGCUUUUUUUUAGGUUUUUAUCCACAUAGUGUGCACCCACUACUGUAUUUCCAGAUUCCUCGGGAGAAAUGACAAAUCCAUUUCAUAUGU